AUGGCUACCAACUUGACAGUCUCGCUGUUCCUACCAAACACCAUCUCCUUUCACGAGGAAGUCGAGGCGCCUUCGCGUCGGCGUAGUCCGCCCUUCCAGCUCGAACAGAGAGGCAGCUCCACUGUCGAUCUUCCCACCCGCCACAGCACAGCCAGUCUGUUCAAUGCGCGAACCAAUGGCCUUGGCGGAGGGCAUACACCUCCUCUCACACCUGCGAUCCAGUCCGCCUUGAACGAGGACUUCUUCACACCAGGAAUCGACGCCAAGAAGAGGCACUUCGCGAAGCCUGGUGACCCACGUUCUAUGCUCCGCAGCGACACACAUGCAGAAUGGGGCCAGACCGACGCCGUAUUCAACCAGCCACGAUCGCGAGCUGGGCCACUUCCUUCUGCUUCCAUCCAAGAUUUUGCCAAAGUAUAUGAUGAAAUGAAAGAGCGCGAAGAACGUAGGCGGAAGAAGCAGGGUCGAAGAGUCACCAAGGCCUCUCCAGGGCAGAGCAAGUUCAACCCUCGCGGCCCAAGCUCCGAAAGAGGCUUCGAUGGCAAGACCUGGACUGUCGAGCCAGCCAUACACGGCAAUGGAGGUCUGGUGAACGCCCACCGAGAGACGUCCGGCGAUCGUGCUGAUGAUAGCACCGACACCACGUGGAUCGGCACUCUCGGCUUCCCAACAGAUGCUUUGCCGCAAGACAUCAAGGAUGAGGUCCGCGACAAGCUGAUCAACGACUAUCACUCGGAAGUUGUGUACUGCAACGACAAGGACAUUGAUGGCCACUACGCCCACUACUGCAAGACCAUCCUCUGGCCGAUCUUCCACUACCAAGUUCCUGACCACCCAAAGAGCAAGGCGUAUGCCGAUCACAGUUGGGAGUUCUACCGCAACGUCAACCGCGCCUUUGCUGACAAGGUCAUCGAGAGCUACAAGCGCGGAGACACGAUUUGGGUCCACGACUAUCAUCUUCUGUUGGUGCCUGGUAUGGUUCGUGAGAAGCUGCCAGAUGCCAAGAUCGGAUUCUUCCUCCACACCGCAUUCCCAUCGUCAGAGGUCUUCCGCUGCUUGUCCACUCGCAAGGAGCUCCUCGAAGGUGUCCUCGGCGCCAACCUGAUCAGCUUUCAGACUGAAGAGUAUGCUAGUCACUUCCUUCAGACCUGCAGCCGCAUCUUGGCUGUGGAAACUACAGCAGAGGGCGUACAGAUUGACGACCACUUCGUGAACGUCACCCACGAAGCCAUUGGCAUCAACCCGUUCAUGUUCAUGGAAGCUCGCGAAGACGAGGAAGUCCAAGAGUGGGUACAGACCAUCGCCGAAAAAUACAAGGACAAGGUUAUCAUCGUUGCCCGUGACAAGCUGGACCACGUUCAUGGUGUGCGCCAGAAGUUGCUGGCCUAUGAGCUUUUCCUCAACAGACAUCCAGAGUGGCGGGAAAAGGUGGUAAUGAUCCAGGUCGCCACCAGCACGAACGAACAGACUGAGCUCUUGACAACAGUCAGCGACAUCUGCACCCGCAUCGACUCUGUUCACUCCACAUUGGCACAUCAGCCGCUGGUCUUCUUGAAGCAAGACAUAGGAUUUGCUCAGUACAUCGCGCUGUUGACUGUUGCUGAUGUACUGAUGAUCUCUGCUCUGCGCGAUGGCAUGAACUUGACUGCGCACGAGUACAUCGCCUGUCAGGAUGGCAAGGGCUUCCAGAAGAUGCACGGCCCACUCAUUCUCUCCGAGUUCACCGGAAGUGCUGCCGUGCUGGGUGACGGAGCCAUCCUUAUCAACCCCUGGGACUACCAGGGACAAGCAGACGCCAUCAAGCAGGCCAUUGAGAUGGGCAAUGAGGAGCGCAAAUCCCGCUGGGAGAAGCUUCACGCUGUCGUUGAGGAGCGCACUGGCGGCUUUUGGUCGCAGAGGUUGUCCAAAGAACUGGACCGCGCAUUCGAAGAGCAUCAUGCCCGUGCUUCUGCAUCCGUUCCUCGUCUGUCAGUAUCUCAGCUUACCGAAAAGUACAAGGCUGCUGAGACAAGACUGUUCAUCAUCGACUACGAGGGUACGCUUGCUCCCCACAAGACAGCCUCUGGCAUUCCUCUCGGGUCUCCAGCACGUGUGGUCGAAGCUCUCAACGACCUUAUCACAGACGCAAGAAACAUUGUCUACGUCAUGUCCGGCCGGAAGCCAGAAGAACUCGAAAACCACUUCCGCACCUUACCCAAGGCCGGCCUCAUUGCCGAAAACGGCUGCUUCGUACGAGAGUACGGCAUCGACAACAACGAAUGGACGUCAUUCGUCGAUCUCAAAGAAGUUGCCAACUGGAGGGAGCAGGUCAAGGGCAUCCUCGGCUACUACGAAGAGCGUGUCGAAGGUAGCUACCUUGAGGAGCGCCACUGCAGCAUUCUCCUCCGCUACGAGAAAGCUGGCGACCAAGAAGCAGCUCUGCGCCAAGCAGCCGAGUGCGCUGACCAGAUCAAUGACUCGUGCAGAGGUCUUGAUAUUCACGCCGUACCCAUCAAGCAAGCCAUCCUCAUCGAGCAGCAGAACCUCACCAAGGGCACCGCUGCCAAGCACGUCUUCGAGCUAAUCGAGAGACAAUCCAAGGGUCUGCAGAAGCCCGACUUCAUGAUGGUCGCGGGUGACGACCGCGAGGAUGAGGUCAUCUUCAAGUGGGCGAAUGCGCUUGGCAAGGAGGGCGUAGUCAAGGACGUGUACACCGUCACCGUUGGCAAGCGGAACACCCUCGCUCAGGCGACGCUGACCCAAGGCUCGACCGGAUUGUUGACAGUGUUGGCGAAGCUCAACAAGAUCUCAGCGGACAUGUUGCCGAGGGACUACUUCAAUAGUCAGCCGAACCCGAAGAGGGUCAACACGUUCCCGAAGUAG